CAAACUUAUAAUUUUGUAAAUUCAUACAAUGCAUACAAAUUUAUGUACGGUAUGUACAAAACGUUUUUAGAAGUUUUAUAAAUUGAUGUACAGGUACAUAUGUACCUAUGAGGUAUGGAUGGACGAUACGUAUUUUAAGACCAAUUUAGUAAGGAUCUGUCAAGUAUUGGUUUGUGAGACAUUUUUAUGCAAAAUCAUCGCUUUUUCAAAAUCACUUUUUCAAAAUUAUAGCAAAAUUAUCACGACGAUAUGCUUGAAAAGUUUAUAACUUUGCAUGCAAAAUCGUCGCUCGUUUUUCACGAGGCAAACUACAAAGUGCGAAGUGAACCGGCGGGAGCACAUACGACAUUUACAUAUUUAAUCAGCAGUUUUUUUUUGCAAAUUUUUCACUUUUUUUUGCCCUCCUUUAUUUUAAUUCUUACAAAUUUACAAAACUUGCACUAAUUUAAGAAUACAAAGGAACCGUACUCUCGCUUAAGUACCGAUUGAUUUGAAAGCGAGAUUCUAGACCUAAAUAUAAAUCGAUUGAUCCAGUAUGAAGCUGAGGUCGGCUUCUUCACGGGAGGCGAAGAUUUCUGCACAUUUUGAUUCUCAAGUUGAGGGCGAAUCAGCCGGCGACGGUAUCAGCGUGAUAUCGAAAGCUUUACAGAACCCGUUGAUUCUUGAUCUCAUCCUCGCCCUACUUGAUGAGUCUGACUUGAAGAAGGCACGUCUCGUGUGUCGUUAUUGGGCCGAGAUCGGUGGCAGUCUGUUAGGAAAGCGGACCUCUCUCAACGUCAACCAGUUUUUCCGCUACGACGGGUCAAAAUUGUACCAAGUGACCCCCGUGGCUCAAAAUGUGAUGCGUCACCUCUCCAUCACGGAAGAAUUCCACCCCUCUAUUCCGAGCAAUAAGAAGGCCAGCGUCAUCACCAAAAUUUUCACCAAUCUCCCCCACGUGUCCCAAUUUACUCGCGAAAUCCGCUUUGACGCCGACCGAUGGAAAUUGGUGACCGCUUUUGUCAACGGGCUGAGGAAGCUCAACAAAUCCACGACGAAUAUCCAAGAAAUUUCUGUAUCCGUCUGGGACUUGCCUAGGACUAUAUAUCCACCGUUCACUAAAAAACUCCCCAUUCAGGCUAACUUGACCUCUAUCGAUUUCGACGUUUGCGACAAUGACGUUCUGAGGUCCCUCCUUCAAAUAUUGAUGGAAUCUGCGCCUAAUUUGACAUCUUUAUGCGUCUCCUCGACCUUCUUCCCGAAUUUGGAGGGGUGUAAACACCUCAAAGUUGUCAAUUUUGGCAUCUUCAGGUCCGCUCCUUCCACUGUUGCAAAUUUCGACUUUGCCGCCGCGAUCGGGAUGUUGGCGCAGGUGAAGGAUUCCCUUACCGAGUUGGAAUUUCGAUAUUCCGGUGGUGAAACUGGCACGCCACAGAGCCAGAACCUGGACGUUCCAGUGAUGUCGAAGCUUACAUCUCUUUCCAUCCAUCCAGAAGGAAUGUACUUAAUUCAGGAUAUUCUUAACGAGGACCACCUCCCAGCACUGACGAAGCUAGUUCUCAACAUUUACAAUGCGCGAAAAGAGUUGAAUGUGGCAUCCCAACUGAAUCUGUGGAAGCGUCAUCGAGGCGUGAAAUUUCUCAGUCUAUCAUUAGAUUCACGCUCUUCGCUGGAUGUGAACACAAUCGGGGAACAGAUUGUCCGACUAUUUCCUUCCGUUAGGAAAUUUGAGCUAAUAUUGUGGCUCGAUAGGACCAAUUCCAUCCAGGAGGUAAACCAGAUGAUGGCACCGUAUCAAAAUUGGGCUCUGGAAGAGGCCAACGUUCGCGGUUACAGAGUUAAGGCAGCCUCCGUGUUGGUCGCGAUCUUGGAAAACAUGGCGAAUUGGAAAGGCGCUAAAAGUGUCCAUUUCUUUGACGCUCGCAUCAUGCAGGAUGACUUCUUUUCCUCCAUUAACGAUCUCAUCUUACUCAGCAGAGGUUUUAAAAGUGUGGAAAUAGACGAUUAUGAGGGUGUGGUGCCGGAAGAAAUUCAGGAAAUAAUGCGACCAAUCUUGGACGGAAGUGGUGCUCCAAUUCGUGUCACGGGAGGUGUGGUUCGCACUCCGGAAUGAGGAGAUUAGUGCGUUUUUACCUCGGAUUUUGGGAUUAAAGUAGUAAAAUAUUAGCUACGAUGAAUUGGCCUUGGAUUAGAUUACUUUUCAAAUUUUCCCUAGGAUUAGAAUUUGGAUUUUUUCGAUGUGGAGUGUUAGAAAUUCUGAAAGGCGAAAGGAUGAAACUUAAUGUAUGUAUAAUUUUAGAGUUUCAAUGCCAGAAGGGUCACUUUUCAAUUUCAUGUUAACAAUAUGUAAUCGAUACAUUUAUUUUCUCAAUUUUCAAUAAAUGCAGUAAUAAUACUUUAA